CAGGCGUCCAGGUCGGAGUACACGGCCGGCACGAUAUGCCCCGCAGCCAGCAGAAGGCCGCCGGCAGCGCCCCCCCGCGCGGGCGCAGGCGCCGCGAGGCGGCGGGGGGGAAGAGCCGGAAGCGCUUCGAGCCCUGCAAUCUCGUCGCCCGACGGCCGUCAUGUUCUCGGUGGGGUCGAAGUGCAGGGGCGUGCGCUGGUCGCCGGCGCCCAGGUACAGCGCCGGAGAGCCUGGCACGGCGGGGCCGAAGAGUCCCGCGGUCUGCGCCGCGACCAGCUCGGCCAGGGGCUGGACGACCCGGCGAGCUCGGGGAGCGACGCCUCGAUCGGCACGUUGGCCGCGUAGCAGCCGAGGGGGCGCGCGGGCGGCGGCGCCUCGCCGGAGCCGCGGGCCGGCGCGCUGCCGCCCGCCUGGCUCACCGCGUCGAUGACGCGGUCGAAGCGCCAGCGCUCU